AAAUGUUCGGAAAAAACAAAAUGGCAUCAGCUCACAGCUGUGCACAGCUGAUUAAUAUUUAUAUUAAAUUAUAAAUAACAAUAAAUAAUUACCCAAUACUAAAUAAUAAUAAUAAAUCAUAAUUCAUAUGAAGUAUGAAAUAAAAUUGGCCCAAGUCCAUUUUUUUUCUCCAGGUUCCGUAUUAUAUAUUUAUGUUUGUGAUUUGCGUAAUUUGAGAAUCACUUGGAAUCAGCUGAUGACAGAUUGACAGCAUAGCCUGGACCUGAACGUGUUUACUGUUGUCGCAAGUUUGCAACUAAUGCUAAUAAAUUAACAACAUAAACAAUAUCUAUAGGUAUCAUGUUCAACACCAGAUGCAAUAUCACUAAAUAAUGCGAAGAUGUGAAAAAUGCAUCACAAUCAUCAACGCUGUAAAGGUGGCUAUGAUAAAAAUCAGAGAAAUCGUAAUUCUUUAAACGUGGUAAAAUGAAAUAACUUAAUAUUAUGGCACAAUUAACAAUAGAAAUGAAUACAUUAACAAUGAAUCUAGAUCAAUUUGAGAAUUUGGUUGUGCCACUUGUUUGUAACAUAGCACCAUAUUCAAAAGUUCAUUUUAUAAAACUUUUAUCAUUUAAAAAUAUAUAUAUCAUUAAAUAUUUAUAUAUGGAAAUAAUAAAAUCAAAGUUAUAACACAACCAUCUGAUGGUACACCAAUAUGAUGGCACCCAUAUUAGUUCUACUGUAUUUAGUAAUAAAGUUUUGAGAGAUAAAAGAAUUUGUGUUGUUGCUGAGCAUCAAGAAAACAGUAAUAAAGAUAGUGUUGUUACAAAAGAAUCAUCAGAUACUAGUGGACCAACUGGUACUGGUUUAUCUGAUACAAGUAGUACUGGUUCAGCUCGUGAUACACCACCACCACCACCAAAACCACUAGCAAGAAGAACACAUCAUCAUUACCAUCAUUAAGAUUAUUAUUAGUAACUGAUGGUGCUAAUCCAUGAUCUGAAUCAUCAAGUGAAGCUUUAAGUGUAUGAGCACGUAGACCUAAACAAGUUAUGCCUGGUAAUGUUGUUGUUGUUGUUAAAGUAGAAGGACAAACAUUAAUUUGUAAAACUGAUGAAGUUGGUGAAGUAUGUGUUAAUAGUACAGCAACUGGUAGCCAACAUUGGGAUUAACAAAAGUAAUCAUGAUAAUAAUAAUAAUAAUAAUAAUAACAAUAGAUAUAAUAAAAUUAAAUAGAAAUUCGUUUGAAAAAAAAAAAAAACAAAAACAGUGACAAUAUGUUGUUAUUAUUUUUAUUUUUUUUUUUCCUUUGAUUUUUCUUUACAAUAAAUAAAAUUCAUUCAUCUUUUAAAGUUCACGUGGCAAGGUCACAAAACUUAUUUAUCAUCAAUAAAAUAUUUUGGAAAAUUCUAAAAUGGCAUACACAAAAAAUAAUCUGUUGGAUCCAAUUCAUGAAAAUUGUAAAAGAUUUAUCAUAUCAUAUUUGGGUGAUGAAAUAACAGUUGGACCUUCUGAUACAACAAGUGGUUCCCCAAAUGAGAUGACAAACCCAGUUAGAAAAUCAAAUCAAGAACUUGCUAAUCAUGGACCCCAAAGAUUCAUGAUAUCAUAUUUGGGUCGUAAAAUGAUAGUUGGACCUUCUGAUGAAACGAGUGGUUCCUCGAAUGAGAUAAAACAAUUUAAUAAAAUACCUUCUGGUGAAACUCAAGAAAGACUUGAAAAUGCUGGUGUAUCACGAAACAAAAAUCAAGUGGAUAAAAUACCUUCUGGUGAAGCUCAAAAAAGACUUGGUAAUGCUGGUGUAUCACGAAAAAAAAAUCAAUUGGAUAAAAUACCUUCUGGUGAAGCUCAAGAAAGACUUGAAAAUGCUGGUGUAUCACGAAACAAAAAUCAAGUGGAUAAAAUACCUUCUGGUGAAGCUCAAAAAAGACUUGAAAAUGCUGGUGUAUCACGAAACAAAAAUCAAGUGGAUAAAAUACCUUCUGGUGAAGCUCAAAAAAGACUUGAAAAUGCUGGUGUAUCACGAAACAAAAAUCAAUUGGAUAAAAUACCUUCUGGUGAAGCUCAAAAAAGACUUGAAAAUGCUGGUGUAUCACGAAACAAAAAUCAAGUGGAUAAAAUACCUUCUGGUGAAGCUCAAAAAAGACUUGAAAAUGCUGGUGUAUCACGAAACAAAAAUCAAGUGGAUAAAAUACCUUCUGGUGAAGCUCAAGAAAGACUUGAAAAUGCUGGUGUAUCACAAAACAUAAAUCAAUUGGAUAAAAUACCUUCUGGUGAAGCUCAAAAAAGACUUGAAAAUGCUGGUGUAUCACGAAACAAAAAUCAAGUGGAUAAAAUACCUUCUGGUGAAGCUCAAAAAAGACUUGGUAAUGCUGGUGUAUCACGAAAAAAAAAUCAAUUGGAUAAAAUACCUUCUGGUGAAGCUCAAGAAAGACUUGAAAUGAAAAAUCCAAUGGAAAUCUGUUCAAUGGAACAAAGUCAACAACUUGUUGAUGAAGCUCGUUCAGCAAUUAACUCAGAGCAACCAUGUAACACAAACUUGCAAGAUUUAGAUAAGCUUUUGUCUUCUAUUGAUAAAGACAAUCCCGAAGAUAUUGUUAAAAACAUGAAGGAGAUAUAUGGUGCAAGAAGCAGUAAGCUGGAAGAGGUAUCAGCCGCAGCAGCUCCUGAUUUAGGCUCAGAUGCCAAUCAAAAAUUUGUCACUUUUGUUCCAUUGGAGCCCUUGUUUGAUGAAUUAAACGAUAACCAAGUUAAAAUUCCUUGGAGUGAAUAAAGAUAUUUGAUAACAUUAUUAUAAUUUUUUAAACAACCAUCUGGUUCAUAACUAAAAAAAAAAAGAAAGAUUUUUAUUAUUUUUUUUCUUUAAAUUAGUUCAUCAA